AAAAGAAAAGAAAAGAAAAUCGAAAAUGUUUCUGCACACACGUCUCUGCACUCACUCUGCUUGUCCUUCUCUCUCUUUAAAGGCAACAACAACUCAAAAGGAUUGCAAUUUGCAAGGAAGGACCGUAUGAGGCCUUAGAGAGAGAGAAACAGAGAGAGCGUACAUUCAAAAGCAAAAACACAGAAAAGUGAAAUCGCAGCUCAAAUGUCGAGAUUUCUUCUUCUUCUUCUCCAAUCAUGGCUUCUCAUAUUUUGUUUUGCUUUCUCCACUUGUUUAGCUAGGAAGCCUCCCUGGGUUAUACGCAUCAGCUGUGGAUCUCGUGUAAAUGUGCGUACUCCUCCAACCAAUACACUUUGGUACAAGGAUUUUGCAUAUACUGGAGGAAUACCUACUAAUGCAACUCUGACAAGUUAUGUUGCUCCUUCACUUAAAACUCUUCGCUAUUUCCCCCUGUCUGAAGGUCCCAACAAUUGCUACAAUAUUAAAAAAGUGCCAAGAGGACAUUAUUCUGUGAGGGUCUUCUUUGCAUUGGUUGCACAUCGUGAUUCUGACCCUAAUUUUGAUAAUGAACCUCUAUUUGACAUUUCUGUCGAAGGCACCCAGAUUUAUUCUUCGCAACCAGGUUGGAGUAGCCGUGAUGACCAAGUAUUUACUGAAGCCCAAGUGUUCCUCACAGAUGGCACUGCCUCAAUCUGUUUCCAUAGCACUGGUCAUGGAGAUCCAGCAAUCCUUUCAAUUGAAAUUAUUGAAACUGAUGAUAGAGCAUACUAUUUUGGUCCAGAGUGGGGGCGAGGGGUUAUCCUCAGAACGGUGACUCGAUUGAGUUGUGGUAAUGGGAAGUCAAAAUUUGAUGUAGACUAUAGUGGGGACCAAUGGGGUGGGGAUAGAUUUUGGAGUCGCAUGACUACGUUUGGACAGAAUUCUGAUAAAGCUAUAUCUACUGCAAAUAGCAUUAAGAAGGCUUCAAAUGCUCCAAACUUUUACCCGGCAGCCCUUUAUCAAACUGCCCUUGUUAGCACUGAUAGUCAGCCAGACUUGGCAUAUAUGAUGGAUGUGGAUCCUAAUAAAAACUACUCAAUUUGGCUACACUUUGCUGAGAUUGAUGUUUCCAUUACUGGUGUAGGGAAAAGAGUAUUUGACAUCCUGAUUAAUGGUAACGUUGUAUUUGAAGGAGUAGACGUUGCCAAAAUGAGUGGGGAUCGUUAUACUGCUCUUGUACUUAACACAACAGUUACUGUUAAUGGGAGAACUUUGACAAUAACCCUGCACCCUAAAGAAGGCAACCAUGCCAUAAUUAAUGCCAUUGAGGUAUUUGAGGUCAUCGCAGCCGAGUCCAAAACCAUAUUGGAAGAAGUUAGGGCUUUACAGGCAGUAAAGGGUGCAUUGGGCCUUCCACUUCGGUUUGGCUGGAAUGGUGAUCCAUGUGUUCCCCAACAACAUCCAUGGAGUGGAGCAGAUUGUCAAUAUGACAGAACUAGCAACAGAUGGGUCAUUGAUGGACUUGGUCUUGACAACCAAGGUUUGAGGGGUUUCCUGCCCAGUGGCAUAUCUGGGCUUCAUCAUUUACAGAGCAUAAACUUAAGUAGUAACAACAUUCGUGGGACUAUUCCAUCAUCAAUUGGAAUGAUAACCACCUUAGAAGUACUGGACCUCUCUUACAACUUUUUCAAUGGCUCAAUUCCUGACAGCAUUGGACAGUUGAUGUCAUUGCGGAGAUUGAAUCUCAAUGGCAACUCUCUAUCUGGAAGAGUCCCAGCUCCACUGGGAGGAAGGCUUCUGCAUGGUGCUAGCUUCAAUUUCACCGAUAAUUCAGGUCUUUGCGGUAUACCUGGAUUACGUACAUGCGGGCCGCACCUUUCUGCUGGUGCAAAAAUUGGCAUUGCCUUUGGUGUAUCUGUGGCAUUCCUCUUUAUGGUUAUAUGUUUGAUGUGUUGGUGGAAAAGAAGACAGAAUAUUCUUCGUGCACAGCAGAUUGCUGCAAGAGGUGCUCCUUAUGCAAAAUCAAGGACCCAAACAACGCAUGAUAUCCAGAUGUCAAGGCAUCAUAAUUAUGGCUAUGCACGGACAGCCGCUGAGAAUGGGCCUAGCUUACUGUCAUGAUUAAUCAACCAUCACCUCAGAAAACACGUACAAUUUUGUUUUCUGGAAUUGGAUUUGCGUCUGAACAUGAGUCCCAAGACCUGGUGAUUGAUUCAGCUGAUGUGCACAUUCGUCGAUAGUUUUGUACAGUGAAGUUGGAGAAAUUGGGUAGAAACACCGAAGCAUCCAUCCUUAGGAUCAUCAAAUGCCACAAAGACUGAAAAGCAAUGUAUAUUCUUUUGAAUUCUUUGGUUCCAUUCCGGCAAAGGAAUGCUGUAAAGUUAAGAACUGAUGCCUAUGGGUAAAUUUCAAAUGUUUCCCUGUUCUUUACAUUUCAUAUCUAGUUUCAAAGGAACGUAUCAUUGAAGUCGUGGAACCAUGAGCAUGACGUCACAUAUUGUCAGGUAGAGAGGACAAGAGGUUACACAACUGGUUCUUGGUUCUCGUUCUAUUUUGAAAAAUGAAUACAUGAAACUGUGCAGCGGCUCGCCCACUGCUCUUUUCUUUUUA